CUGGCGGGCAUAUAGGACUUUCACCAUAAAAAGACACAAGGAUAGAGCGACGUCCUGGUUAAGAAUCACGGCCGCCGCCAAUGGCGGCUUUUGAUGCAGCACCGGAAGUUCGGCCUCGUCUGUCACUCUAGCCUUAUCUCUCUCCCUUCUCUGUGGGUCGCGGAGGGGAAGGUUGCAAACGGGGCGGUGGAGCUAGCCGACUGUUGGAGGCGGGGUGGCGGGAGCGCAGCGGAGAGACAGCUUGAGCAGGCCGCGGCUUCCCCCUCCCUCCUCCACUUCCUUUCCUCCCCCCCCCGUGCCCUGAUGUGAGCGGGGCUCGGAUUGCGAGGCCCAGUGGGAGAAGGAGCAGGGCGAUGAAGAAGGACGUGAGGAUCCUGCUGGUGGGAGAACCCAGAGUUGGGAAGACGUCUCUUAUUAUGUCUCUUGUCAGUGAAGAAUUUCCUGAAGAGGUUCCUCCACGAGCAGAAGAAAUCACCAUUCCAGCUGAUGUUACCCCAGAGAGAGUGCCAACCCAUAUAGUGGACUAUUCAGAAUCUGAGCAAAGUGAUGAACAGCUCCAUCAUGAAAUAUUGCAAGCAAAUGUAAUUUGCAUAGUGUAUGCAGUUAACAACAAGAGUUCAAUUGAUAAGGUAACAAGCCGAUGGAUUCCACUCAUCAAUGAAAGAACAGACAAAGAUAGCAGGCUGCCUCUUAUACUGGUUGGGAACAAAUCGGAUCUGGUUGAAUACAGUAGUAUGGAAACGAUCCUUCCCAUCAUGAACCAAUAUACAGAGAUAGAAACUUGUGUAGAGUGCUCAGCCAAGAACUUGAAGAAUAUAUCUGAACUAUUUUACUACGCUCAGAAAGCUGUUCUACAUCCUACAGGGCCCCUCUAUUGUCCAGAGGAAAAAGAGAUGAAACCUGCCUGUAUAAAAGCACUAACUCGGAUCUUCAGAAUUUCAGAUCAGGAUAAUGAUGGCACCCUUAACGAUGCAGAACUCAACUUCUUUCAGCGAAUUUGUUUCAACACACCAUUGGCACCUCAAGCACUGGAAGAUGUAAAGAAUGUAGUCCGGAAAAAUCUAAGUGAUGGCGUUGCAGAUAAUGGAUUAACAUUAAAGGGCUUUCUUUUUCUACACACACUUUUUAUUCAGCGAGGGAGACAUGAAACAACGUGGACAGUAUUGCGACGUUUUGGAUAUGAUGAUGACCUAGAGCUUACGCCGGAGUAUUUGUUUCCUUUGUUAAAAAUACCUUCUGACUGCACAACAGAGUUGAAUCACCAUGCAUAUUUGUUUCUACAAAGCAUUUUUGAUAAGCAUGAUUUGGACCGAGAUUGUGCUUUAUCUCCUGAGGAACUCAAGGAUUUGUUCAAAAUCUUCCCUUAUAUGCCAUGGGGACCAGAUGUCAACAAUACUGUUUGUACAAAUGAAAGGGGAUGGAUAACAUACCAAGGAUUUCUCUCUCAGUGGACGCUAACUACUUACUUGGAUGUACAGCGCUGCCUUGAGUAUUUGGGCUAUUUAGGAUAUUCUAUAUUGACCGAACAGGAAUCCCAGGCAUCAGCGAUUACAGUAACUAGAGAUAAAAAGAUUGACUUGCAGAAAAAACAGACUCAAAGGAACGUGUUCAGGUGCAAUCUAAUUGGAUUGAAAGGCUCUGGGAAAAGUGGAGUCCUCCAGGCACUGCUUGGAAGAAACCUCAUGAGACAGAAACAUAUACGUCCAGAUCACAAAUCUUAUUAUGCAAUUAAUACAGUUUAUGUGUAUGGACAAGAAAAAUACUUAUUGUUGCAUAAUGUUUGCGAAUCUGACUUCUUAUGUGAUGCUGAAAUCAUGUGUGAUGCUGUGUGCCUAGUGUAUGAUGUCAGCAAUCCCAAAUCCUUUGAAUACUGUGCCAGGAUUUUUAAGCAACACUUCAUGGAUAGCAGGAUACCUUGCUUAGUGAUCGCUGCCAAGUCAGACCUUCAUGAAGUAAGGCAAGAGUAUAGCAUUUCCCCAGCUGACUUCUGCAAAAAACACAAAAUGCCUCCACCACAAGCCUUUUCUUGUAACACUGUUGAUGUACCGAGUAAGGACAUCUUUGUUAAGUUGACAACGAUGGCCAUGUAUCCCCAUGCCCGGUUACGCUGUAUGUGCACCUGCAACAGGUGUACAUUUUGCAUCUGUCAGAACCUCCUCAACUCAGACUUGCUGCAAUCUGUAAAGAACAAACUCUUCACUGCAGUUCUUAACAGGUUAAGAGCCCUUGUAGAUGAGUUGGGUGCCAUGCUGUUAUCAGACGAGGAGAGCGGUAUUGUUCACCAGGUGCACGCCGUCAGCUCUUUAGAGAAUUCCAUCUUCAUGGAGUCAUCCCUUGAUCCACAGUUACUUGAAGACAGGCAUGUGACACAAGCAGACCUCAAGAGCUCUACCUUUUGGCUUCGAGCAAGUUUUGGUGCUACAGUCUUUGCCGUUUUGGGCUUCGCCAUGUACAGAGCAUUACUAAAGCAGCGAUGAUCUGGAAGAAAGCACUUUCCUUGCAAGGGAGGGGUCUACCAAAAGGGAAAAACACUUUUAUGUACAUUCUAAAUCUGCUAUAAAUAUUUAUAUAUGCGAGUUACUUUAUUAUUUGUAAUUCAUGGAUAAGAUUAUUUUAAAUGAUACUUCUAAACUUGCAGUAUUGCAUAGGUAGUGGAAGAGGUUUUGCAUUACAGUGGCUAAGUAAAAAUGGCUGCAUUUGUCAAGGCCAAAGGGGAAUUAUUGUAAAUAUAAUUUAUAUAUACUAAGGCAGUGAGGCAUAAUGUCCUGAAAAGUUAUUAUAAAUAUCAUUCAUAGAUGUUUCAAAUGGAGUGAGAGAGUGUACAAUUAGAAUUUAUUUUAAGCAAUGUAGAUUCAAGUCCAGGAGCACCAUUCACUCGUUAUUUAUUUCACAAGUAUAUGAAGUUCUCUCUUUGGUCCACAGGGCUUGGGGAGGGCUGACUUUUUUUCCCUUUAGUAACUGAACUGCUCAUUUACCCACUGAUCUUAUUUCACAAGUGUUUUACCAGUGCAGCUUUAAUUGGACUUGGGUUUUUUAUUUUUAUAGCCUAUGUUAAACAGCAAAAUGUGCCACAGGUCAAGGAUGAGAGAUGUGGUUCCCUUUGAUAGAAUUAAAGCAAGUGUCAUCAACCAUUUGUCAACUUCUGACACUGUGUGCCAUUCUGUGGUUUUCUCAUUUUCCACUUUGUUGUGUUUUUUGUAGCCUUUCCAAAUCCAGUGGGCAAUCAAUUUGUAUAUUGCAACUGUUUAUAAUUCAUGAAAGUGUUUGUUUCAUCCUCACUUCUGCAAGUCAUUCUCCUAAAAGCUGUGUAUGGAGUAAAACUGAAAUAGUACACAGUGCUUUACUCUACUUGGUAGAUUAGUUGCAUGGUUUGCACUGCAUCCUAUACUUGGCUGGAAUUACCUGUAGGUGGCAUUUUUAAAACAAAAGAAGGUCAAGUAACCUUGAUAAGUGGAAAUUCCUCCUGUCAAACCUAUUUUUCCCAUCAUGGGCCUUUUCAAGUAUUUCAAUAAAUAACUGUACUGUG